GGCCGAGCGCCCGGAGGGCCGGAGCAGAGGAGUCCUCGCUGCAGAGACGCCCACCCGCAGCCCACAGCUCCGUCUGGACCGGGGAGAUGCUGCCCGCCACGUUCAAGCUCUGCGCCGCCAUCUCCUACCGGCACCUGCGCAACAUGACCGGUCUGAGAAGACAAGCCGCUGUCGCCAUCAGCCAGGAGCUGAGCAAGCUCGCCUGCCGCAGCACGGGCCCCAGCACGUGGAUUAACCAGGUUCGCAGAAGGAGCUCCUUGCUCAGCUCAAGGCUGGAGGAGAAGCCCUUCAGCGAGAUGGAAAUGUCUUACAUCAAGCAAGGAGAGGAAGCCCUCCAGAAAUCGCUCAGCAUCCUCGGGGACCAGGAUGGCUGGAAGACAGAGACAGUGAUGGGUAACGGAGACAAAGUGCUGAGCAAGGUGCUCCCGGACGUGGGCAAGGUCUUCCGACUCGAGGUGGUGGUGGACAAGCCCCUGGACACAGUGUACACUGAGCUGGUGGACAACAUGGAGCAGAUGGGAGACUGGAAUCCCAGCGUCAAAGAAGUCAAGAUUCUCCAGAAGAUUGGGAAGGACACAGUGAUCACCCAUGAGAAGGCAGCCACUACCCCCGGUAACAUUGUCGGACCGCGGGACUUCGUGAGCGUCCGCUGCUCUAAGAGACGUGGCUCCACCUGCGUCCUGGCCGGCAUGGCCACAAAAUACGGAGCUAUGCCGGAACAGGAAGGAUUUAUAAGAGCGGAGAACGGUCCCACGUGUAUGAUCCUGCGCCCGCUGGCCGGCAGUCCUUCCCAAACCAAGCUCAUAUGGCUCCUCAGCAUUGACCUGAAGGGCUGGCUGCCGAAGACCAUCAUCAACCAGGUUCUGUCCCAGACGCAGGUCGACUUCGCCAACCACCUUCGGGAACGCCUGGCCCAGACCGUGGCCGUGAACUGCUGACCGUGCAUGUAAUAAUUCAUUGUUGGGGUGGAAAGUAGGGAAUCUUGUCCUGGGGUAAGUCAGGCACAGUCUAACUUCAGGCUGUGCUGAUUAGACAAGGCCUUUAAUAGUAGACACCACUAAUUAAUACAUAGUUUCAAUAAAUAAAUAAGUAAAGCUUCAUUUAUUGAAAGUGACUAGUGAGGGAGGGCGCAGGGACCUGACAGCUCCAUCAGAAAUUCAAAGCAAGUCCUGCAUUUGCUCCUCUGAGCAUGUGCUGGCCCAGUCAGGCCCUGUGACCUCCCUCACUAAUCACUUUCAAUAAAUAAAUAAAGCUUUAAUUAGUGGUGUCUGCUAUUAAAAGCCUGGGCUAAUUAGUUAUUAAGGAAGUCCCAGACACCGGGCUGGGAAGGCAGGAGGACCAGCACAUGCUUAGUGGGGUAAACACAUUUUACUCCCCUCCUUCCCCCAAAACACAAACAGAGCACACACUUACCUAAAAAUUUGAUUCCCUUCUUGCCCCAGUGAAUCAGCUUUAAUUUAUUUUUCCUGUACAGACACACGCAAAGUGUCAAAUUAUUUAUUCAUUCAAAGCUCUGCAAUGAUAACUUGUCAAUGCUGUGAGCAGGAGAUCUUCAGCUUGAGCGAUCUCUAGAGCGUAGCUUCUUUGAGUUUAAACCUUAUUCAUUAAAAGUCUCAAGUAAAAAAAAACCAAAACAAAACAAAAAACCAAACAAACUGAAAGUAAGUUAAAGGCUUUAUUUUUUAAACUGGUUUCCAGUUUGUGGGGGGGAAAAAAAAAAAAAUACAGUUUGGCCAGCAGCCCAAAUUUCAGUCUCACAUGCAGUAGUCUUGUUACAACACAAUCCUCCUGGCUGGGAGCUGCUGUUUACAACUGAGCGGAAGUGUCAGUAUUGCUUCUGCAAGUGUACGUACAGCAGGACGGUCCAACUACAGCCUGCUCUCACUGAAGAGCUGACCAUUACAACCCAGGUACAGCACAUGAGAAGUUCUCUCAACACAAUACUUGCUUCUUCGGCUAGCUACACUGUAAAGGGUACUGAAGACUCCGAAAGAUGCCCACAAAUAGCACGAUACAUACUAGAACUGCAUUCACUUAGACGCCAGCGUAGUGGUAGAGCGUGGACUCUUCAGCAGGUAACAAAUACACACAGCACCUGCCAUCAAGGGCUUCAGCGUGUUGGCUUGUUGGCUGAUUGUUCCGAGUGAUGCAUGUUCCUCUAGAAUAAAAACCACUUGACUGGA